AGACUUUUUUUCUUCCUCUCAGCACUGGCACAUAAUCAUAAUAAGCCGGGAAGAGAUGAAAGGAAGUAGAGUAUAGAAUUUGCAGAGAGGGAGCAGAGAUGGAAGCAGAUCCGUUCCUGCAGAGCUUUGAUUCAUCUGAUCUCCAGAUCGCGAAGGAGUUCCUGACGAACUGGCUGCCUUUCGUUACCAAGGAUCUCUGCGGUGGUUGCGCGGCCUCUAUUCGUGACCGAAUCAAAUUACUCAGUCCAGAUGAGCAGAAUCAGGAAGAACACCAAGCAGAAGAGGCUGGUGGCGGGGUUGGGGUUGAAGAAUCGGGCUUAGGUGACGGUGAGGAUGGAUCUGGUGUAGCAGACGGGGUUGAUGAAUGCUGUGAAGCUUCGUUGGAUGGAUGGAAGCAUAUCAAGGCCACGGGUUGGGAUACAGAUCCAGCGACGGAGUCGCCUAAGGUGCGUAUGUCCUGGGCGGAUGAGUUGGAAGAAGAGGAAGAGGAGGAGGCGAGGAAGAACAGUUUGGAGUAUGGGAUGGAAGACGGGAAGGGAGAGAUGAGGCAGAAGAAAACCGGGCUUUCUAGAGAGCAGAGAGAGCGGAUACGAUUUACUGGCGUGGGAAGGAAGAAGGAUUUUGUUUGUCUUGAGAGGGUAGAUGGAAAGAUUGUGAAUAUUUUGGAGGGCAUUGAAUUGCAUACUGGGGUUUUUAGUGCUGCGGAACAGAAAAAAAUUGUGGAUUUUGUGUAUGAAUUGCAACUGAAAGGGAGGAAUAAUGAGCUGGGAGAGCAUACAUAUUCCGAACAACCUGAAACAAAAGACCAUACGUCAGGCCAAGGAUGCGCAACAAUUCAAUUUGGAUGUUGUUAUAGCUAUAUGGAACAAAAUGAAAAUCCUCCAGGCAUCCUUAGAAAUGCAGCAGCUGAUCCUAUACCCAAUCUUUUCAAACUCAUGAUAAAAAGGUUGAUUGGUUGGCAUGUGAUGCCCAUCUCUUGCGUACCUGAUUGCUGCAGUGUUAAUAUCUAUGAACCAGGCCAUUCUGUACAGCCUAAUAUUGAAAGCAAUGAUUUUGUUCGUCCAUUUUGCACGGUUUCAUUUUUAAGUGAGUGCGAUAUAAUAUUUGGAUUCAACCUUAAGGUCACUGAUGCAGGGGAAGUCGAGGGAUCAACUCCAAUUUCACUUCCAAUUGGGUCUGUUCUGAUCUUUAAUGGUAAAGGAGCUAAUCUUGCAAAGCAUUGGGUUCAAGCAGUUCCUUCCAAGAGAAUCUCUAUCACUUUCAGAAAGAUGGAUGAGAACAAGCGACCGGUUUGGUUCAAACUCGAGCCCGAUCUCCAAAACAUUCGACCAUAUGAUUUACGCGUCGAGUCCUCCAGUGAGAACAACGAAAAGGACUCAUUUGUUGGCAUCAGAUCAGUAGGGAGAGCGAAGAAAUUCAACGGGAGAUCUAAUGGAGCGAAGGGCCGGCGAAAUUUCAGGAACGAUGGAGCUUCGGUGUUCGAUCGAAUAACUCCCACAAAGAAAUCAUCUCAUUCAUCAGUUGAGGCAGACUUCACAAUCAAACAUAGAUCUUUCCUUCAAUCUGAAUACGAAGGAGGUUUGCAAGUUCAUCCAGAUGAGCCUGGAGAAGAGGUUCAGGAGAGAUCUCACCAUGGCUGGAAGAAUGAAGAAGGUGGCCGUUACAAUCGGAACGAGUUCUCGAACGACAGGAGUGUACGAAUGCAGCAGAAGCGGAUUGUCAUAACUCGCAAUCUGGAUAGAGAAGAUGAUUUCUUCAGUAGGAGAAGUUCUGAGUCUAACUCGGUCCAACCUUCUCAGGUAAGAGUCAGAACUCUUAGGAACAAUCCAAGAAGGGUGAGGAUGAGCCAGUAAUUAUACAACCUUGUAUAGGCAAUGUUUGUCAACAAGAGAUGGUAUUGUAGAUGGAUUGGUUGGUAUUGUAGAUCAUCAUCAUCAUUAUAUUUACUAUCA